CCCACUAUACCGGUACCUAACCCGUAUGUAGUACUCACUAAUUUGACCCCGGAUCAAAAAUGGUUCACCUGCAUUGACCUGGCUAACGCUUUUUUCUGUCUCCCACUAGCAGAGGAACUUUGUGAUAUUUUUUCUUUCACACAUAGGGGUCGGCAAUGGCGGUACACGAGACUACCACAGGGGUUCGCGCUUUCCCCUGGUAUAUUCAACCAGGUACUGAUAGAAGCGCUGCAGGGAUGCUGCCUGCCGACAGGGGUAACUUUGGUCCAGUACGUAGAUGACCUGCUGCUGGCGGCCCCGACGGUGGCCGCAUGCAUCCAAGCUACAAUGACGGUCCUCACCAGACUGGCAGAGAAAGGGUUCAAGGUAUCAAAAGAAAAGCUACAGCUGGUAAGGACGCAGGUCUCUUUUCUGGGCAGAGUAAUCUCGCAGAAGGGAGCGGGGCUUUCCCCAGCUCACCGUACAACCAUCCUCCACCAUCCUAAACCCACUACUGUUCAGGAAAUGCUAUCAUUCCUGGGGCUCACGGGGUACAGCCGCAAUUACAUCCCAAACUAUUCAGGGCUCACAGAGCCACUUAGAGCGCUAGUUAAGGAGCAGGGAAUGCGUAAACUUAAAGCCACUCUCAAUUGGACUUGCCCGGCCGACCACCCAGCUAGCAAAAAGACACCUGGGCAAGAGAUAGUGAUAGACUACACGGACAUGGGGGAAACUGUACGGGGGUGCCGCUACAUGUUAGUGUGUGUGGACAUGUUCACAGGGUGGCCAGAAGCUUGGCCGGCAAGAAGGGAGGACAGUCAGAUAGUGAUCAAGUGUUUAGUGAACCAGUACAUUCCCAGACACGGCUUCCCAGAGAAAAUUAGGUCAGACAAUGGGACUCACUUUCAGAACAGUGAUUUACAGAAGGUAGAGAGCUUAUUGGGCCUAAAACAUGCUUUUGGCAAUGUAUACCAUCCACAGUCCCAGGGAAAGGUAGAAAGGAUGAACCAAAACUUAAAAAACAAGUUGGCUAAGAUAUGUGCACAGACUAAAUUGAACUGGGUGGAUGCACUGCCACUGGCACACAUGACGAUUCGAUGCUCGUUAAAUCAGACCACUGGGUUCACCCCAUACGAGCUGCUGACGGGGAGACAGUUUCCAGGACCAGCUGCGGGGCCUGUGGUCCCGGAAGGGGAAAAAUUUUUACCACCAAGUCCGGCCACAUCAACUGGCGAAUCCUAA